AACAACAACAAUAAUAACAACAAUAGCUCCAGCAAAUCGAAUAAGAUAUCGUUCUCUGUUGCCUCGUUGCUUCGAUCUCCGCGCUCACCACCGGUUCGUGUUCCCAGUCGAGACUUGAAUCCUCCGCUUUCGCCCGAAUCCCAAGAAGACGAUGAGGCAGAAUUACAUGUGGCCACGGACGACGAGGAAGACGAUCACAAUAAUUCUCCGUCGCCAUCAUCUCCGCCAGAAAUCACUGAAGAACCGUCAAGCACAGCGUCACCGAUCAAUCUCUCCUCUCACUUCGGACACCAGAGAUCGUUUUCAGUCGACGGACUCCUACGAGCGCCCCCGCUCGACGCAGAAACAGCAGCAGCGCUGCGGCUGCCUGAAGGUUUCCCCAGCUCGAUGUUACCGCCGAACCUGGCGCCUUGGGCGGCUCAGGCCGCAGCUCUGACGGCCGGGACUUUCCCUUGGCUGCCUCAACGAUCUUAUUCUCCAAAAAGCGGCGACCUGCCGAAAAUCCCACCUCAAGCCAUGAAAUGCGCACUUCGGAAACACAAAAACAACAGAAAACCCCGGACUCCUUUCACGACCCAGCAGCUUCUGUCCUUGGAGCGAAAGUUCCGAGCGAAACAAUAUCUCUCAAUCGCCGAAAGGGCCGAGUUUUCCUCGUCGUUGAACCUCACGGAAACCCAAGUGAAGAUCUGGUUCCAGAAUCGACGAGCGAAAGAGAAGCGUUUGAAAGAAGCAGAAGUUGAGAAACUCCGUUUGGCAGCCCGUCCAGCCCUGCUACCGGCUGCGGCGGCCGCUUUCGCGUUAGGUCUAUCAGGAGGUCAGGCGCAUCCGUUCAUCACUGGGAUUUCUCACAUGGCGCCACCGCAAAGAUUUCACUUGCCCCAUGGCUUGAGUUUCACCGUGGCCACAACGGCGUCAACGUCUACGCCGUCAACGGUGACUUCGGCUUCUGAAACUCAGAGCCGGUCACCAUCUCCGCCCACCAGUAGCAGUACAUGA